GAAGGCAGGACUGUGAUGCAGUUUUCUGCCUCGCCACUAGAGGGCGCGGCCGUUUUGUGAGUAAUGUUUUGACUAGAAUGAAGAGUGGUGUUCAUGGAGGCAGUGUGAAUCACAAGUUAUGCUCGGGAGCAGUUUAUGUGGGUUCAUUGAGAGUGUGCGUCCAUAAGACUGAACCACACACACACACACAUACCCACGCUAAAUCUGCUAUUAAAGAGCUGAACGAUCAUCCCCUGUCCUCGUUAUUUUCUGGAGGGUCAUAGUGGCACUUGACCUGUGCACACCCUGCGAUCACCACCGUAGAACUGAACCUCAUAUCAGAAAUCAUCACAACAAAUUGGUCCUUCGAGCCGGAUAGGUGAUUACAGAGUGAAGAUGGAUUAUGACCCCCAGAGAGCAGGUGCACGUCCACGGAGGGCUGUGCGACCACCAGGAUGGAUGACUCAGUAUGAAGGCUACACACUGCCACCCACUGCUACAUUGGAGCAGCAGCAGACUAGAGAGGGAUACGCCAAGAUGACGCCCCUCACCCAGACUCCUGGUUCUAUUGGAGCUGCAGGACGGACACCAGUGGCAUCCAGCAUUCCACCGGAGUUCAUGAACAUUGUGCAGCAACUGCAGGAGGACAACAGGCAACUUCAGCUGAUGGUAGGAGACAUGAGGAGACAGAUGGAUCGCAAUGUCACCACGUUGGAAUCCACCCGCUUACGUUCUGCCCAGCAGCCAGGGGGCUACAUUUCAGCUGAUGACACUUGGGUCUCCACACCUCUAACCCCACAGCCUUUUCCCCUGAGACCAGAGCAGCACAAUACAUCCUCCACACAGGAUGCAGCUGAAGAAUGGCCAGUACCACCACCUCCAGUUUUUCUCCCGAGAGAUCAUCCUGAUCUACCAGAGGUACAGUCUGUUCCACCUCCACCGCUACCAGCCAUUGCACAAGAGCUUAGCCAACGGUUACAAGAGCUACAGUUGCAACAACCCUCAGCCACUGAAGCUCCUGACUUCCAGCCUCGUGCACCACAGUCCACCCCCUUAUCUUGAUCACUAGCUGGACCUAGUUUCGACGCGAACAUGCUCCCCCCAGAACCGGUGUUAGCUCCCACUACAGCCAUAGCUGUAAAGGAGAAGACCUACAGAGGACCAUCGCCCUCCAUCCCAGAGUUCACAAAGGGUGAUCCCAGGCAGUUUGCUAGAUUAAGGCUUGCCCUAGACAAUAUUCUCCCCUUUGAUGCAACCGAGAGGUUCAAAUAUCAGGUCCUCUGUGACCACCUUAAAUUUGAGGAAGCUCUUUUAAUUGCUGACUCCUACAGUAACUCACCCCGCCCCUACUCUGACACGAUGGCCUCGCUCACUAAACAUUAUGGUCAGCCGCACCAGCUGUCACUGCAGAGAAUAGCAGAGCUUAUGGAUGAGCCCAGCAUCCGCCCGGGUGACACGACUGGAUUCAGAAGGUUUGCACUGAGAGUCCGUGCUCUGGUCGGCAUGUUAGAGCAACUUGGGGAAGAUGGACACAUAGAGCUGCAAUGCGGGUCCCAUGUUGCUAGGCUGACACGAAAGCUACCGCAAGACCUACGUGCUGCUUUCCGCCGCUACCUUUACCCACAGAAAGAUGGAAUACCAUCAUUGAGAGACUUUGCAGAGUGGCUGGAGUAUGAGCUGGUCAUUCAAGAGGGCGGAGAUCACACAGAGAAGGUAGAGGAGAGCUCGAGAGACAGGAGCAGCAUGAAAAGAGAUAAAAGAGCCACCAAAAGGACUACCACCGUGCUGCAUGGUGCAACACACAACACUGCCCCUCAAAGGUCCUCAGCCACAACCCCUUCCACUUCAGAGGUCCAAGACAAGCCCACAGCUUAUUGUCCAUAUUGUAAUAACACUCUGCACUUCUUAGAUCAAUGUGUCAACUUCAAGAUGCUGACUAAGGAGCAGAAAUCAACUUGGAUUAAGUCCAACAAUCGCUGCUGGCGUUGUGGGCGGCACCACCAGGCCGCUCAGUGUCGACUGAAAGUGCAGUGCAAGACAUGCAGGGAAAAACACCUUGAGGCCCUGCAUGAAGUGAACCUCAGACCUGCUGCACCCAAUCCACCAAUGGAACACGUCGCUGAGCUGGGGAGUAAAGCAUCUACUGAGGUACUUUAUCUAGACCGGCGUGCUGGCUGUAGCCAAGUGCUUCUGAAGAUAACCAAAGUGUUGCUGCAGAACGGUGAGCACACCUUGGAGACAUUCGCCAUAUUGGAUGAUGGAUCUGAGAGGACGAUCCUUCUCCCUGAGGCCACUCAAAGACUGCAGUUACAGGGCACGGCAGAGAGUCUUACUCUACGUACGGUGAGACAAGGACUGAGAACCUUGCAUGGCGCAUCAGUGACAGUCAAAGUCUCCCCUGCCAGCCAACCAUCCAGAACAUUCACCAUUGAGAGAGCCUUCACAGCCGAUGAUCUAGGCUUGGCUGAACAUUCAUACCCUGUGAAAGCACUUCAACAGAAAUAUAGACACUUAAGAAGGCUUCCCUUGUUGCCCUUCACAAAUGCCCAGCCACUCCUUCUGAUCGGUUCUGACUGUCCUCACCUAGUGACGCCCAUCAAACCUGUGCGCCUAGGCUCACCUGGAGGACCAGCUGCAGUCAAGACUAGACUCGGUUGGGUACUACAGGGACCAAUCCCCUCCCUUAAGCACUCCGCUCAACCGCAACAGUGCCUCUUCCUCUCAACUACCUCUCCUCAAUCAGAGCUUCAUAGUCAAGUAGAGAGGCUUUGGCAACUCGACACUCUCCCAUAUCGAAGUGAGAAACUGGUGACACGGUCUCGGAGGGAAGAGCAAGCUAUGAAGCUUUUGGAGGCAAAGACAACAAGAUUGAAUGUCGAGGGAGUGAAGAGAUAUUCAACUCCCCUUCUGCGUGUCAGUGAUAUGCCUACACUCCGGGUGCCACCUGAAGCAGUACUCCCCAAUCUACGAGGCACGGAGAAGCGCCUCAGUCGAGACCCAGAGAAGGCUAAAGCUUAUCAAGCGGAGAUGACAAGGUUGAUAGCAGCAGGCUAUGUCAGAGAAAUCAGCGAAGAGGAAAUGAGGGCCUCCAAAGAAUCAUGGUUCAUCCCCCACCACAUGGUGACACACAACGGAAAGAACCGUGUGGUGUUUAAUUGCUCAUUCACCUAUAGGGAUCAGAACCUCAACGGGCUGCUGUUACCAGGCCCGAACCUGGGGGCCUCUCUUCUUGGUGUGCUGCUACGCUUCAGAGAACGCUCCAUCGCGGUUAGCAGUGACAUCAAGGGGAUGUUCCACCAAGUGAGACUACUGCCUGAGGACCGGCCGCUACUACGUUUCAUCUGGCGUGAUCUGCAAAGAGACACCCAUCCCAAGGUGUAUGAAUGGCAGGUGCUCCCCUUUGGGACAACAUGCUCACCAUGCUGUGCAAUUUAUGCACUCCAGCGACACGUCCAUGACCACAGUGACCAGGGAGAUGACGUACGUGACUCCAUUGAGAAGAAUUUUUAUGUUGACAACUGGUUACAGAGCUUCUCUUCUCCAGAUGUGGCCACCGAGGUCGUGGACAAACUACGGUCACUAUUAUCGGAGGGAGGAUUUGAGCUCAGACAGUGGGCCAGCAGCACCCCAGAUCUCAUCAGCCAUCUACCACAGGAGAUAAGAUCGGAGAGCAGCGUACAGUGGCUGAAUCGAACUGAUAUGGACCCUCAAGAACCUGCUCUAGGUCUGCGCUGGAUGUGCUGCUCUGACACUCUCCACUACAAGUCCAGGCAGUUGGAGAGUAAUCCUCCUACCAUGAGAAACAUCUACCGGGUUCUGGCGAGUCAGUAUGACCCACUAGGGUUUCUCGUCCCCUUCACAACGAGAGCAAAGGUACUAGUCCAGCAGUUGUGGGACAAAAAGCGUGAGUGGGAUGACCCCCUGUUACCAAGUGACCUGCUCUCUGCAUGGAACGAAUGGGAAGGUGAGCUGUAGCAUCUGGACAACAUUAGUC